AGUUCAGCUGAUGAGUUUUAUUCUCAGUACAAUGGAAAGGUGUUCAAUUCAAUUGACAAUCAGCCAUGUGUCCUGAAAUAUGUUGCUUUUGUGGAGGGAGAAAUGCCACAAUUUAAGAAAUUCUGUACCAAAUGCUCUGGAAAACUCGAUGAUGCAGGGGAUAUUUAUAUCGAGUUGCUCUGCAGUCACACAUUUCAUGCCAGCUGCCUUCCACUGAAAGAGAGUUGUCCAGAAUGUGGGAUUUUUAAACCCCUAGAAGUGGAACUUAGUAAAUGUUUCACUUGUACUAAUCAAGAGAGUUUGUAUCUUUGCCUGAAUUGUGGUGAUGUUGGUUGUCCACUACAUGCAACCAAACAUUUCGAGACAACGCAACACAUGUACGCAUUACAAGUUGGUGGGAACAAAGUGUGGAAUUAUGCUAGACGCAAUUUUCUUUAUCUGCUUCCAAAAGAUGGAGGAAAAUUCUUAACACUAAAGGAGGUUGAUUUAUCAAUUCAACUUUCCUUGCAGAAAGCAUAUUACGAGGACAGAUUAUCAAGAAUACAAGAAGAGUUCAUGCAUUCCAUAAAUCAAUAUGAGUCUCAGAAACCAAAUUAUGAGGAGAGAAUAUCAAGAAUAGAACAAGAAGCAUUAUCCCAGAGGUUAGAGUCAGAGUCAAGACACAAGCAGACAGUAGAGGAAUGUGAGCAAUAUAAAAUCCAAGUACAGAAUUUACUGAAAGAAAAAUCAACAUUAGAAAAGAAGAAUAGUCAAACAAUCAGCAAAUUACAGAAGGAACUCAGUGGGGAAAAAGAGAUGAACAAUGGUUUACGUUCAAAUCAGAAAAGUUUGAAAGAUAAAGUGUCAACUCUUGAAUCAUCAAGGGAAGCUGAGAGCGAAAAGCACAAGAAAUUCAUGCAUUCCAUAAAUCAUCAAUAUGAGUCUCAGAAAGCCAAUUAUGAGGAGAGAAUAUCAAGAAUAGAACAAGAAGCAUUAUCCCAGAGGUUAGAGUCAGAAUCAAGACACGAGCAGAAAGUAGAGGAAUGUGAGCAGCAUAAAAACCAAGUACAGAAUUUACUGAAAGAAAAAUCAACAUUAGAAAAGAAGAAUUGCAAAUUACAGAAGGAACUCAGUGAGGAAAAAGAGAUGAACAAUGGUUUACGUUCAAAUCAGAAAAGUUUGAAAGAUAAAGUGUCAACUCUUGAAUCAUCAAGGGAAGCUGAGAGUGAAAAGCACAAGAAA